AUGACGACCGACGACGGCGUUCAAUACAAUGCGCAGGACGCCAACGUCUCCUACGAUGCAGAGCUUCUUGGCAACUUCGCUAAUAGCGACUUCUUUGCGGAUCAGUCUGUAGGAGUUUCUGGUAUUAAUUGGCUGUCUCCUGAGUACUUCACCAGCUUUGACUGGGCACAGCCCACAGCUGCCGACGGAUCGACCAUUCCGAGUUAUGACCGCCUUCAAAUACUUUCCUCGGCUGGGAACCAGCUUGUACAGGGUCCUUGGUUCAACCUUGUGGCAGAGCCCCUGCCUCAGAUCCAAGAACCACCAGCGACAUCUAGCCACGAUAUACACGAUCCAGAUCAAACGCUGGGAACUAGGCAUGGCGGCAGCUCCAAUGGGUCAGUCAUGUCCACGUCAACAACGGGAACCUAUUACGUCGAUGGAGCGCCCACUAGAGCCCCAUUCAAAGGAGGCCCAGUCCAGAUAUAUGGCGAAGAAGAAAUCGAAUGCCCGGGGCUUCCAAACGUCGUUCAAGCAGAUGAUUACAGCGAAGGCUCAAACAUCUAA